AUGGACCCGCAACCAAAAUGCGUUACCGUCUGCGGCGGCGGUGUAAUUGGAGUUUGCACGGCGUAUUUCCUAGCUAAGAAGGGCGCGGCCGUCAAACUAAUCGAGAAAUCCUCUGUCGCAUGCGCCGCAUCAGGAAAAGCCGGAGGAUUCCUCGCGUUAGACUGGUGCGACGGCGGGCCCCUAUCUUCUCUCGCUCGCGCCAGCUUCAAUCUCCACCGGUCACUUGCUGAAGAGCUCAACGGAACUGAAUCCUACGGUUACCGUCCACUCACUACUCUAAGCCUCACGAUCACCGAAUCAGGAAAGCAAAGUCAAUCCUCACGUGAUACAGAUGUGCCUGCGUGGGUUGAUGGGCCAAGCCGUGGCCCGAGAACCAUUGGGUCAACAGAAACAACGGCCCAAGUCCACCCACAGUUGUUCACGGAAACCCUAUUAUCAAAAGCGGUGGAGAAUUAUGGAGUGGAAGUGGUUAUAGGAAAAGUGGAUAGAGUCGGGGCUGACGGGGGGCGAGUUGACUCAGUGGUUCUUGAAGGGGGCGAGUAA